GGCGGGGCUCUGCGGUCGAGUCUCCAGCGCUGCCUCCACCUCCGCCGCCGCCGCCGCCGCCGCCUGGGCCGGAGCCGGAGCCGGAGCGGGCUGGGCCGCCGGGGUCACAAGAUGGUCGACUACAGCGUGUGGGAUCACAUCGAGGUGUCCGACGAUGAAGACGAGACGCACCCCAACAUCGACACGGCCAGCCUCUUCCGCUGGCGGCACCAGGCCCGGGUGGAGCGCAUGGAGCAGUUCCAGAAGGAGAAAGAGGAGGUGGACCGGGGCUGCCGCGAGUGCAAGCGCAAGGUGGCCGAAUGCCAGCGGCAGCUGAAGGAGCUGGAGGUGGCCGAGGGCGAGGGCCAGGGCGGCCGCGCGGAGCUGGAGCGGCUGCAGGCCGAGGCGCAGAAGCUGCGCAAGGAGGAGCGGGGCUGGGAGCAGAAGCUGGAGGAGAUGCGGCGCAAGGAGCGGAGCCAGCCGUGGAACGUGGACACGCUCAGCAAGGACGGCUUCAGCAAGAGCAUGGUCAACACCAAGCCCGAGCAGGCCGAGGAGGAGUCCGAGGAGGUGCGGGAGCAGAAGCACAAAACCUUCGUGGAGAAGUACGAGAAACAGAUCAAGCACUUUGGCAUGCUCCACCGCUGGGACGACAGCCAGAAGUACCUGUCGGAUAACGCCCACCUGGUGUGCGAAGAAACCGCCAACUACCUUGUCAUCUGGUGCAUCGACCUGGAGGUGGAGGAGAAAUGCGCGCUCAUGGAACAAGUGGCCCACCAGACCAUCGUCAUGCAGUUCAUCCUGGAGCUGGCCAAGAGCUUGAAGGUGGACCCCCGUGCCUGCUUUCGCCAGUUUUUUACCAAGAUCAAGACCGCUGACCAGCAGUACAUGGAGGGCUUCAACGAUGAACUGGAGGCCUUCAAGCAGCGUGUGCGGGGCCGGGCCAAGCUGCGCAUCGAGAAGGCGGUGAAGGAAUACGAGGAGGAGGAAAGGCGGAAGAGGCUGGGCCCCGGUGGACUGGACCCCGUCGAGGUCUACGAGUCCCUCCCAGAGGAGCUCCAGAAAUGCUUCGACGUGAAGGACGUGCAGAUGUUGCAAGAUGCCAUCAGCAAGAUGGACCCCACGGAUGCCAAGUAUCAUAUGCAACGCUGCAUCGACUCUGGCCUCUGGGUCCCCAACUCUAAGUCCAGCGAGGCCAAGGAGGGAGAGGAGGCGGGCCCUGGGGAACCCCUGGCAGACGGCAGCCCCAAGACCAGUGACCAGGACAUCAGCGCGUGACCUGCCGCCCCUAGCCCAUCGGCCUUACCCCCCCUUCACACCCUGUCCACUCCUCCCCAUG